CAGUAAUUUACAUUGCUUGUACUUGUUUCUGUGUGUGGUGAUUUCAGAAGUGAAAAAAAAUGGCGUUUUUGUUUAAAGCCCUGCCAAUCAUGGUGCUGAUGACGUCAACCCUGGCGCAAUUCGAGGAGUACGGCUUCGAAAGCCACGGGCUGGAAGGCUACCACAAGAAGGCGGUGUCGCACCACCAGCAGAGCAUCGAUGGACACCAUGAUGACUACGAUUUGGACUACCACGCGCACCCCAAAUACGCGUUCGACUACUCAGUGAAGGACCCGCACACGGGAGACGACAAGGAACACUGGGAGACCAGGGACGGUGACAAGGUCAAGGGCACAUACACCCUCCUAGAGACUGAUGGCACAAAACGCGUGGUGGAAUACGAAGCCGACGACAAGAACGGCUUCAAUGCCAUCGUGCACAAGAUCGGAACCCCCAAGGAACACGAGGAGUACAAACCUCAAAAGCACUUUGAGGAGUACAAGCCCCAGUACCACGAGUUCAAUAACUUUGAGGAUGGGUUCGUGCCGGUUGCUGGAGGAUUCGAACAUUAAUAAAAGUAAAUAAAUUAUAGGAUGAAAUCUUUUGAGUCUGAAAGAAGUCUACUAUGGAACGAUUAUGUGAAAAUCAUUUUAGGAGUCAUGUGAUUCUAUCAUGAUUACUUCAUAGGUUACAGUCAUUUGACUGCAAUAGACAGCACUUAUUUUAUAGCUAAAAUUGUAGCAUCUUAUAAUGCAAGUACAUAAGCGCUAUUUUACAACGAAAAUGUCGUCUGUACCAAAUGACCUAAAUUUCGUAUCAUAGUGUGUGCUUUCAGACUGAAAAGAUUUUCGCACUUGACAUACCUAGACU